AUGAAGGGCCUUCAUCUUCAUGCUCGCCAUGAUCAAGGGCCCGUGUACGAGGCUGUCCCUCAACGAGCCAGCUCGCCGGCCGAGCCAGAGAAACGGCCUGAGAAGAGCUUCUCCCAGAGCUGGAUGGCUCUGGCGCUGAAUACCUGGUUCUGGGAGGGCGUGGCCAUGGUAUUCAGCCUGCUCUGCUUCAUCGCCAUCGUCUGCAUCCUGGGCGCCUUCAAUGGGAAGACGCGACCGGAUUUCGCGUAUGGCUUCACGCUGAACGCAAUUGUGUCCAUCCUCGCAACGGCCUCCAAGUCUUCACUCACCUACAUGAUCGGGGAGUGCAUCGGGCAGCUGAAGUGGAUCUGGUUCUACAAGAAGGAACGACAGCUGGACCACAUACAGCUAUUCGAUAGUGCCAGCCGCGGCCCGCUUGGGGCUCUGUAUGUAAUAUUCCAGCACAAGGGCCGGUCGAUUGUCUCGCUGGGUGCCUUGGUGGUGGUCUUGGUGUUGACGUUCGAUCCAUUUGUCCAGCAGAUCCUCACUUAUCCCACCAGGGAGGUCGUUGAUCCUUCUGGCUCUGGCCGGGCAGUUGCAAAGCAGGCAAAGACCUUCAUCCCAGACGCCUUCGAUACCGACAUGCAGACCAUCAUCAACACCGGCAUCUGGUCCCAAUUUUCCAGUUAUCUGCAGCCGAAUGUGACGUGCUCUUCUGGGAACUGCAAAUGGCCGCCCUUUCAGUCUGUAGGGCUGUGCAGUCAAUGCGAAGACAUUACCCCCCAGACGACGUUCAAUUGCACCCCGUCUGGGUUCAACGAUACCAGCAAGUCGGCUGUGAUACCGUGCCAGAUCGUCCCUCCGCAGGGGGACCCGAUAUCUAUCAGAGUUGGGUUGGAAUCAACCACUGACCCCAGCAACCCCGACAGUCCAGCUCUCCUAAAUCUGAACCUAACGGAGCACAAUGUAUGGCCUGUUUUCAACUACGAUGGAUACAGUACUCCUUCCGGGGAAAUUUAUGCCGGCAUACCGGAUCCACAGUUCGUCAUCGCCCAAGCGGAGCUUCGCAUAGUCUCGAAUCAAACCACCACGCCAUCCCCACUAGCAGAUCUGGCACAGUUAUUCCAUAUCAUACACGCCACGCAAUGCGCUGUUGGAAUCUGCGCCAGAACAUACAACGUCUCCGUGACAAAUGGAACGGCAUCGUUCGACGUCUCGCCCCCGGACUUCGGCCAACGCUUCGCGAAUCCCGACGCUGGUCCGGUUCCUAUAGAUAUGGCAGCCUCCUGGCCUACAUGCUGGAAACCCUCGCAAGGAACCGCGGGAAAUGACACAGGCGUAACAGAAGUCUACGGGGGAAGCGCAUGGGCGAACGUAGACGAGUUUGCGUCCUGCAAAACCGGCGACUUCUCCACUCUCAGCAAACAUCUUGCAGGAACCACAGAGCUCGAGCAGAGUAUCACCCAAUACGGGCCAGGCGACUUUUCUAGGUGGAGCAAGGCCGAUACGCCAGACUCAGAUACCCCCGCGGCCAGCGUUGCUAGGAUCCUUAGUAAGGGUUUGGAACCGGUGAUACGGGACGUUGCGGCGUCGUUUACCAAGGCUGCGCUGAGUGCUAGCAAUUUCACCGCGGGGAACGGGACGGUCCUUGUCUCGGAGGUGUAUGUUUCUGUGGACUGGGCGUGGCUGGCUCUUCCGGCUGCGUUGGUGGUAAUGGGUAUAGUCUUUCUGGUUCUGACUGCUGUGUUGAAUAGACGGCAGAGGCUGUUUGUUUGGAAGUCGUCUAUUCUUGCUGUGCUUUUUCAUGGGCUUGUUGGGCUGGAAGGGGAGGGCAAUACCGGUUUUAGUGGAUUGAAGACGGAUACUGCGGUUGAUAUGGACACGACGGCGCAGAGUAUACAUGCGAAGUUGAAACAAGGCAGUACUAGCACUGAAGAGACGGAUCAAAGUCAGUUUACGUGGAGGAUAUAA